UAAAAAGAAGGUUGGGUUUAAAUUUAAAUUCAACCAACAAAAGAUUACCUCCUUCAUUUCCUCUGGAGAUGUAUAUUGUUUGCCAGUAUGAUCAAAAGCUCUAGUGCGAAGAACAUAUUCAUUGCUCAAUGCAAGGGAAUUAACCCAAUGCCUAUGGCCCUAACAUCAAUUAAAAUAUUGGGCUUCUGGGUACAUAGCUUCAUGGCUUGUCAAGCUCCUGCUCCAACGUGGCUGCACCCCGUCAAUGCAUCAGUUCGCGACCCAGAUGAUCCAACAAAGACAGAACGCUUACUAGCACUUGAUGGGGCUAAAGAAAGGCUUCAUUUGUUUAAAGCCGUCUUCCCGGAAGAAGGAUCUUUUGAUUCUAUGGUAGAUGGAUGUGAAGGUGUUUUCCACACAGCAUCUCCAUUUUGUCACACUCUCUCUAAUCCACAGGUUCAUCCUACAUCACUUCUUUUGCUUUAUUGUAAAUUUAAUAUGUAGAUAUGUUAUCCAAGUUUUUGUUAUUGGCUUUUGUUUGAACAUUCAUUUCGGAGUUAUGGGACCACAGAGUUGCAACCAAUCAUGUCUUCAUCUAGAAAUCCACCAAAACCGACUAUCAUCCAGUGUUUUUCUAUUACACAAAAUCAUUCUACAAAAUUGUAAAUUAUCAUGGAAACUGAAUCUGCAUCUUGGCUUCAAAUGAAGGGAUAGGACCUCCUCUUAGCAGAGAUAGCAAAAUCUGAAUGUCCUUUCACUAAGCACGAUCUUGGCUAUAUGAUUUAUCUCACUCAGAGAGCUUUUUCUUGCUGACUUGAAGCAGAAGCCUGUUAAGCAUAGUUAGCUCCCUUUGGCACCUUCUAAGUCUGUCAGUUCAGAUCUUUCAAGGACUUCUGCCUCAAAAGUAGUGGGGAAGAUGGGCUUCAGCCACUCAAUCCUCAAAAGAUUUUACUUUUAUAAUUUGUGAAUGCAUUUUUUUGUGUCAAGGAUUUAGCUUGUGUUGUUCAGUUGCUCUAAUAUAAAAUCUCCAUGAAGUUAUACUCUUUUAGUUUGUAGGACCACUUCAUUUGUAAUAUAGCUAAAUCUUUUUGACUCAAACAGUUGGGCUUAUUUGAUGUUACAGAGAUGCUGUCAAUGCACAUAUCCAAGC